AUGCCUACUACUUUCUUCCUCAAUGAAGAUAUCACCGCCGAGAUACUCGCUCUCCUUCCAGCGAAGGAUAUCUGCAGACUUCGUUGUGUAUGCAAACAAUGGCUUCACCUCUUGUCAAACCCCCGCUUCAUCCAGCAUCAUUCUGCUCGUAACCCUCACCCGCCAGUCUCUGGCUUCUUUUUAUCUGAUCACAACCAUGGCUCUCAACAUUUCCCGAUAAAACCAAACCCACCACGGCUCCCCAAUCCUACCCUUUCCUUCAUCCCUGCAGAUGACGGAACCCGAAUCUUCGUUGAGAGCUCCUGCAAUGGCCUCAUCAUAUGCUUUCAGAAAGCCAUGUAUUAUGUUUGCAAUCCUACUACCAGAGAAUUUGUUGAACUUCCUGUACCGGAUGAAGUAGCUCGCAACUUGAGCCUUGUCUUUGAUCCCUCGAAGUCCCCUCAUUAUAAAGUAAUCAGCAUAUGUUCACAGGUCCACAUCUACUCCUCUGAAACUCGGUCAUGGAAGCUCUCUAUGGAUAAUACCAAGCUACGAGAAUCCGUAAGCGCUCAUCAGGCCGGAAGUAUCCACUGGAAAAGGAGCACAUAUUGGAACAGCACACUAGUGUGGUUAGUUACAAGGUAUCUUCUUUCGUUCGAUGUGACGAGAGAGUGCAUAACGAAGUUGACGCUGCCACCAGAAGCUCCUCACUACUCGAAAGUGAUAUACAUGGGAGAAUCGAGAGGGAAGCUAGUAGUGAUUGGCAAACCUAGGAACCAAGAGCCUUAUGUAUUCUACAUCUUAGAGACGGAUAAUUUGUGUUCCGGAUGGUCACUGAUAUACAAAGUGGAUUUAUAUCGUAUAGGGGACUUGUAUCCUGAGAUACGAAAAAGACCAAUUUGGGUAAGCGGGAUUAAACGCAAUGUACGAAGACGUGCAGUAAAUUGCGCGGGAUUUUUGCCUGUGCACCUCAGUAUGGGCGGAGAAGGAGAAGGGCAGUUGUUGUUCUUAAAUGUGCCAGGAAAGAUCAUCUCUUACAAUCUCUCAGAUAAAUCGUUUACUAAAGUUCGUGAUCUAUUGUCUUCGAUGGGACCUUACGAUUGUCUCUACGGUUGGCGAAAGUUUGAAUUUCUGGGCCAUACUCUAUUCUCUCCGUAA